UUAUAAAAAGGCACCGCCAAAAAACAUCUGGGGUCUGGCAAAACUCAGAAUUUCCCCAACUGCACAUGGCUCACAACUUCAAGAGAAUGUCCGUCUAUACCCGUCCUCCGAUGCAACAAGGUUGAAAGGUCUUUUUUUAUCCAACCCUAAUUCGCCCACUACGCAUAGUAAGCCCCGUGCUCGGCGUAAAAACUAGCCUAGCCUAGACCUGCAAUAUCGUGACAGGUAGCGGUGGUACGGCACCCCGCCAAGGCAUCAUCGUCGCUAGGAAUCAAUUCCCCGAGUAGAGUUUUGGUGCUCGGGAGUCUGUCAGUCUAAAUUGUCACGGAGUCACGGAGUCACAGGGCGCGUGGUGGGGGGUUUGGGGCCUUUUUGAGUGUGUCAUUGCUGUUGCGGGAAAUAUAUAAUAAACGUCAAUUCAUUAGAGAGGAGGGUUUUGGGGAACGAGCAUCUUCCUCCUUUUUUUUUUUUUUUUAAAAAAAAAAAAAAAAAAAAAAAACAAAAAGGGUCAAUUGAGCCUAUCUUGUUGAGUAUAAUCAGAAGGCGAGGAAGCAAACACCGUAUCAUACGUGUCCUUGUUUGGUGAAAAGACUUCUCACUCGCGCCAGGAACAUUGAUCAGAUAAACCUAUAUCUACAGAGGUAUACAUAUAUCUUUAGGAAGACGGAGAUUUCGACAUCGGAUCAACCAUGGCCUCUGACAAAUUAACCCCCUUUGGGCCUCCGAUGCUCAAACAUUUCCUCUUCGAUCCAAAAUAUAAGAAUUUGAACCACGGAUCAUAUGGAAGUUUUCCCGCGGUAGUCCAGGCUGAGGCCCGGAAAUUCCAAGACGAGCUUGAAUCCAAGCCGGACUUGUUCAUCCGUUACCUGCAACCGAAAUACGUCGAUGCGGCUAGAAAGGAGGUGGCAAGGCUUCUCAACGUCCCCAUGAACGAAGUCGUUUUCACCAAAAAUGCCACGACGGGAGUGAAUAUCGCCCUUCGGAACCUGGUAUACGCACCGGGGGACGUCAUUGUUUACUUUGCCACUACAUACGCUGCAUGCGAGAAGACUAUUUCAUCGUUGAUGGAAACUACGCCUGUGCAAGGGCGCAAGGUCACCUAUUCAUUUCCCACUACCCACGAGGAGAUUAUGAAGGGUUUUAUCGAGGUGGUUAAGAAGGCGAGGAGUGAAGGGUUGAAUGUUCGCGUUGCCCUGUUCGAUACUAUCGUUAGCAACCCGGGCGUGCGAUUCCCAUUCGAGGACCUCAUAGCGGAGUGCAGGAAGGAAGGUAUUAUGAGCUGCGUGGAUGGCGCACAUGGAAUUGGCCAAAUUCCUCUUGAUUUGGGAGCGUUGCAGCCUGACUUUUUUGUGAGCAACUGUCAUAAAUGGCUCUACGUCCCCCGCGGUUGCGCAGUCUUCCAUGUCCCUAUCCGCAACCAGCACCUAAUUCGCACAACGCUCCCCACCUCGCAUGGUUUCGUCCCCGUCAACAUGGAGGUAGAUCUCCCAAUCCCAAGAGUAGCCGGCAAAUCCGCCUUUGAGUUCCAGUUUGAGUUUGUGGCCACGAACGAUGAUUCGCCAUACAACUGUAUCCCCGCCGCUGUUAAAUUCCGCGAAGAGGUCUGCGGCGGCGAGGAAAAGAUCAUGUCGUAUUGUCAGCAAUUGGCGCACGAGGGCGGCAAUCUCGUGGCUGAGAUACUCGGCACAGACGUCAUGAGCGAACCUGGCGUCGAUCCCAAGGUGGUAGGCGCCAGUAAGAUCCGCCAAUGUGCAUUCGCCAACGUCCGUUUACCCCUCGCGGUUGAUGAUGGGAGUGGCCGACAUGUCGAGAAGGAAUCUCCGUAUCCCAUUAUCAAGGGCAGAGAUGCAAUGGCUGUUGCUAAAUGGAUACACGAGAAGUUUAUUUAUGAGUAUAACUCUGCCGCGCCGACAUUCCCGCAUGGUGGCUGGUUGUGGACACGACUGAGUGCGCAGACUUAUCUGGAUCUGGAGGACUUUAGGUGGGCUGGGAAUGCGUUCAAGGCGUUGGUGGAGAGGGUUGGAAGAGGGGAGGCGUAUGCUGAGUUGGGGAUUACGGAUGUGUCGAAUGACUGAAUGCGGUACGUCUGGACGGAGGUGAGAAGUGAGGAGGGUUUAGUUUAUAUAUAUCCUGUUCUGAAGACGGUAUUUGAUGCAUUUUCGAAAUAGCAGAGGAAGUUUGCUUCUGCAUGUAAGAGACAGUGUUCUGUUCAUCUAUCAUGAUUCUUCGUAGAAAGUUCCGCUCUUGCAUGGUGUUACACAACCCUUCAAAACACACAGAGAUAGAUAUUCUUCAACAUGUAUCCAUCCCCCCUCCCUCCCUCGACGAGCUACAAGUACCACCCGCUGUCCCCGAUCCACCACCCUCUCAUCCUCUCCCCUCCCUAACCUCCACCACCUUCUCGAAAAAUUCCCCAACAUCUACCGCUCCAUCAACAUGAUAACUCCCCCCAAUAACAAAAUGCGGCACCCCCUUCACCCCUUCCUCCCUAACCCUCCUCCCCUCCUCCUCAAUAACCUCCACCACCCCCCUCCCCGCUCCCUCCCCCGCCAACCACUCCCUAACCUCCCCCUCCCCUAACCCUACUUCCACCGCAGCCCUCACAAGCGUAUCGACACAACUAACAUCCUCCUCCCUCUCAAACUGAUACUGAAACAACAUCUCCGAAACUUUACUCUGCAUCACCAGCCCCUUUUCCGCCGCGGUGGUGUGCAGGAGUACAUGCGCAAGCCGCGAGCUGCCCAUGGACCCGCCAAACUUGAAAUUGAUACCCAGCGCUGCCCCGACGCGUUUUAGGCGGGUUUGGGCUGCCUCGGUCAUUUGGGGGCCCAUUUUGCGGAGCAUGCGGUCUGGAUUUGU